GAGAGAGAGUGUGUGUGUGUGUGGCUGCAGAUGGGACAGGACAGCCCGGACCUGCUUGCCAGCUCAGCCACUGCUGCUCCUGCCAUUCAGCUGAAGAGCGGAGAAGGGGGGAGACAGGCGAGGCUGGAGGAGUGGAGUGCUGGAGCGAGAGAAAAGACAGAAAGAGGGGGGAGAGAGAGAGUCCAGGCCCAAAUAAAGACAUGGGGGCCAGGACUGGGCUGGGUCCCUCUUUGCUAUAAAAACGCUGGCCUCCUUGAGACUCGGGUUUGGUGGUUGGGGCUUGGGACCAGCGACCACCACAGCUGCUGCAGUCUUCCUCGGGGGAGCUACCUCUGCAUACUCGCCAUCAUCGUCCUGGUCAUCAUUUCUGGGGGCAUUCAAGAUGCCUCGAGUGGACGCAGACCUCAAGCUGGACUUUAAGGAUGUCCUUUUCAGACCCAAGAGGAGCAGCCUGAAGAGCCGCUCAGAGGUGGAUCUUCAGAGGACCUUUACAUUCCGCAACUCUAAGCAGACCUACAUAGGUAUCCCCAUCAUUGCAGCCAACAUGGACACCACAGGAACAUUUGAGAUGGCACAAGUUCUCAGUAAACACACCCUCUUCACAGCCAUUCAUAAACACUACUCUGUAGAAGACUGGAAAAACUUUGCUGCUAGUCACCCAGAGUGCUUAGAGCACGUAGCUGCUAGCUCAGGGAGCGGCAGUGCAGAUCUGGAGAAGCUGUGUGCCAUCCUGGAAGCCGUCCCUGCCCUCAAGUACAUUUGUCUGGACGUGGCCAAUGGCUACUCUGAGUACUUUGUGGAGUUUGUCAAGAAAGUCCGAGAAAAGUUCCCCAAACACACCAUCAUGGCUGGUAACGUGGUAACGGGAGAGAUGGUGGAGGAACUCAUCCUGUCUGGUGCUGACAUCAUCAAAGUGGGCAUCGGGCCAGGUUCUGUGUGCACGACAAGGAUCAAGACAGGAGUGGGUUACCCACAGCUCAGUGCCGUUAUAGAGUGUGCAGACUCAGCUCAUGGACUCAAAGGCCACAUUAUCUCUGAUGGUGGCUGCAGUUGCCCUGGAGAUGUAGCUAAGGCCUUUGGUGCCGGUGCUGACUUUGUAAUGAUGGGAGGAAUGCUCGCAGGCCACGACCAGUGCUCCGGGGAGGUCAUUGAGAAGAACGGCAAGAAGUACAAACUAUUUUACGGCAUGAGCUCCGACACAGCCAUGAAGAAAUACACCGGGGGAGUUGCCGAGUAUAGGGCAUCAGAGGGGAGGACGGUCGAGGUUCCCUACAAAGGAGAUGUGGAAAAUACCAUCCGGGAUGUGUUGGGGGGACUCCGCUCCACCUGCACCUAUGUGGGUGCCGCCAAACUCAAAGAGCUGAGCCGCAGAACCACCUUUAUCCGUGUCACACAGCAGUCUAGCCAUAUGUUCACUUAAGGGGGUGGUACUACUUUCUCCCAGUAGCAGCAGGACCACAUACAGACCUACACCUCACUUCACCACGCACCUGUUUCCUCUCAAGAUAUCUGCUGUCCGAAAGCUUUCAGCUCCUUCAGGCCGCAAUUAAACCAACUCAAAAAUUUGACUUGAAUUACCCCGAUGGAUAACAAUACUUUACUCACUUUAAUCUCACAGUGAGUGUGUUUCUAUGCUUGCAGAAACCAAUAAAGUACUGUUGUAAUUUAUGCAGACAUUGUUUUUGAAUGGGAAUGUGCAAAUACGCUUCACCUACAAACACCCGGAUAAAUACUUCCCAGUUUUGGGAAGCGGCAGUGAAACUACUACAGUGGAGAUCUUUCAGAAACUUGUAUAUAAAGUUGUUACUGGAGACUAUUUCAACAUUAACAACAUAUCAAGAGCAAGCAAGAAUAUGAGAUUUGUACAACACACUCAGCAGGAACAUGUUGGUAUUAGUGGUAAGAUCAAUUUUGCUGAAGUCUAUCCUAAAAUGAAUGUGCAAGUUGAUAUGCCAGAUCCAGAGACUCCGGCCUUUAAUUGUCAAGACAGAAAUUGUGUGCAAUAAACUGCAUGGAGAACCUUG